CAACAGCCUACCGGUAGAAAGUCCUUGUCCAUCCAUACCAUACUGUACCGCUGAUGACGAUGGACGGUGAUCCUUCCGGCGUACUCUUGCGAGGCCAGGACAUCAUGCUGGAGAUGCUUCGACAGGUGCAGGGAUACUUUCGGACAAACGACCCGUCCAAGAAGACAGAAGGAUGGCGCAACCUCGACCGCGCAGCGAUGACAGCGAUUUGUUCGUCGCGGAUCUCACACAUUUUGGACAGCGAGGACGAUCCAGCCAUGUUGACGGGUACCGACAACGAAGAAGAUAACCAAGGCCAGCAGGUGCUGGAGCAUGCCGUCAUUCAAGAGAUCCUUCUUGGCCUGGUCGAAAAGCGGCUGCACACCACGCAGCUCCAAGUCACGCAAGGGCCCGUGGACGUGCAAUUCCUUAAGCAGCAGUUUGUGACGAUGGCCCGCGACAGCGAGCAUAUGCACAAGGAGCUGUCUGUGUCUAACAACAACAGCGACGACGUACGGGAUGCCAAGGUGCUGGCCUUCUGGGCAUUGGACGACUUGGACAAGCAGUCAUCCGUGGCCCAUUUGCGUGACACGAUUCGGUCCCAGGACGCUACGAUUCAGGCCAUGUUGCGAGAACUCAAUGCGCUGCGGACUGGAAGUUAUGGCAGCAACGACCGGCAGAUGUCGCUGACAGGGGACAAUGACGAUUCCGUGGGAACCAUUGGAAAAUUCAACUGGAGCCCCACGUCAUCGACCUAUGGCGACGACGACCAACCACAUACCAGCCAUCAUCGCAAUGUGGACGCUUCCAUCGAAGAGUUGCGGAGUUCUGUCCACGCCAACUACCGAGACAAUGUCGACAUGUUGCACGAACACAUUCAGCACUUGGAGACGCAAUUGCAAGAUGCCGCGCGCCACGUGGCAGACGUGACCAAACUCAACCACCAGCUCAAGCUGCAAGUUGCCCAGCAAGUUGCUCCUUCCAACGGCAACAACGCCACUGGGUAUGUGGAUGCCAUGUCGGGGUUGCAACGCCAAGUGCAGGACCUUGAGGUGGCGCUCGACGCCGCCACCGCGCACAGCCGCGCGUUGGAGUCCGAGUUGGCCGUCCCGAGUGCGAAUUUGGCCUACUUGAGUCGCCAGAAUGCGUUGCUGCAGCAACGCGUGGUCAUUUACAAGAAGGAAUUGGACGACCAAGUCGCCGGCCAGCAACUUCUACACAAACACGUCAACGCAGAGGGCCUGGAACAUAGCACCGAGUGCCACCAUCGCUUCGACGGCGUCUGCAACGACCUGAUCGAGUCGCUCCGGGCGGAAAUUCUGCACGGUCGCGACCUGCACCGGUCGGACUUGAUCGAUUUGUUGGAUCAGUUGAGCGACUUGACUCGGGAAAACCACGCGCUGCGUGAAUCUGGGUCGGUGGAGCCAGGCCAGAGUUCCCCGACGAAAGCCAUUGACGACACGUUGGAGCGCGUGGCUCGCAACUUGCACGCGGAAAACGGGCAACUUACCGAGCAACUUCGGUCGUACGAAGCCACGAUUGCAGCAACGGACGGUCAAAUGGCCCAACUGCGUCAGGAACGGGAGGCGCAAGAAGUGGAAGUGGACUUGUUGCUACAAAAGUUGAAUCCGAUGGUCGCAGCGCACGAAGCCGUGAUGGAAGAACGCAAAGCGAUGGAAGCCGACCUGGCACGACGCGAACAAACGAUCCAGGCGUUGCAAACAAACGUGUACGAGAUGAAGCGGGAGAUCAAGAUCAUCUCCGCAGACGUGGAUGCCAUCGUCGAAGAAAAGGAGAUCAUGCAGGAAGAGCUCGACGAGUUGCGCAAGCGACCGGUGGGUGGGACAGCAACGUCCACCAACGAACCGUGUCGGGCGUGUGCAGGUCUACACCAACAAGUCAACGAGCUGAGUGCCGAGUUGGAGCAAGUCCACGAAUCGCUGGAAGCCGCGGAAGCGGAAACGCGGCCGCUGCGCCGAUCCGUGUCGAUGAAAGACCAGACAAUCCAGGAAACCAAAGCCCGCGUGGCCGAGCUAGAGCGCCGUCUAAACAACGACAAGUCCGAGUACGCCAAGGCCGUCGUGGAGCGAGAUCAUGCGAUUGAAACGUUGCAGAAGAAAGUGUUCGAGUACAAGCGUGAAGUGAAUGUGCUCACGGACGACCUCGAUUCGAUCUACGAAGAAAAGCACGAAGUCGAGCAAAAGCUGGACCAAGUGGAAACCCAGCUCGUGAAUGCGCAAGAAGAACUGGCCGAGCUGGACCGGGUCGUGGCCGAGUUGCGGAUAGACGUCGAUCGAUGGCGCGAGGCGUAUGAACUGGCGCGCAUGCAACACGAAGAGGAACGACAGCAUGUGAUGCGCUGGGAUGCCGUGGUGCGGGCACAAUUAGAGUCCAUGCAAGGCACGUCGCAGGAGUGGGCGGCCACCCAAAGCGAAACUCGUGCCAAGUACGACAGCGACGUAGCCAAUCUGAAAGGCCAAGUGCUGUCGCUGCAAGACAGUCUGGCGUUGCUGACAACGUCCGAGGAAAUGCUCAUGAAGCAACUGCAGGACAUGGCGGCGGCAAAGGCGACGAUCGAAAGUGACAAAUCGUCUCUGGAAAGUCAGUUUGCCGUUUUGGAAGGGCAACAUCGAGCCAAAGAAGCUGCGUGGAGUGUGGAGCUCCGCGACCUCCAGAGGUUGCACGACGACGCGGUGACUUCGUGGGAUGCCACGUGGCAGUCCACCGUCCAAGCACAUGAUGCGGCGAUCUCAGUCGAGCGAGACGAAAAGGCAGCCGUGGUGGCGGAUUUGCAGCGGGCGAUGGACGAAUUAAAUGCGUCCAGACUGGCCUUAUCGGACGACGUGGACCGCCUUCGCCUCGAAAAGCAAGCAGAAGUCGACGGGUUAAAGGCAACUCGGGACGAAUUCCUCGCCCAAUCUGAUGAAUUAGCGACCGAGGUGGCCAAGUGGAAGGCGGUGGUGGACGCGCUGACGUUGGAAAAGUCGACGGCGUUGGAACGGGUAGAGACGCUCGAGCAGCACUUAGACGAGAGUUUGCGGCAAUGCGCUCAAUUUGAAGCGGAAAUGGAGCGACAUCAGAAGGAAUUCGUCGAAGGUCGCAAUCACCUGAAUGCCACCGUGGCCGCGCUCACCGAGUCAGAGCAACGACUGCAGCAAAACGUUGACGAGCUCAGCAACGCCAAGGCAGUUGCUGAUGAUCGAGUGACAGACUUGCAAAGGCAGCUGGAUGCAGCGACGGAAUCGUACAACGUCCUACACGGUGAAGCGGCGGCCCAUGUUGCAGACAAGACCGCGUUGCGGGACAACGUCGAGUCCCUGCAACAACUUUCUGAGCAACUCCAAGCUGCGCACGACGCUGUGGAAGCACAGCUAACACACAGCGACUCGGUGUGCAAGGCAUUGGAAGUGUCCGUCGCAGAGAAGAAGCAAGCGGCCGCAACGCAAGACAAGGAGAUUGCCGACUUGACCGCUCGACUGGACCAGCUGUCGUCGUCGGAACAAGAGUUGCUGCAGAAGUUGCAAUCAUUGACGCAAGAAAAGUCUGUGUUGGAGCAACAAGUGCCUGAAACCGUUCGGCAACUCGCGACGUUGAGUCGAUCGCACAGCGAAUUGGAGACAAUGUCGCAGUCAGUGCAGUCGGAAAACAAUCGUUUGAAGGACUUGGUCGAAACGUUGUCCAAGGAAAAGGCAGCCGAAGAGCACAAGAUGGCCAACUUGCAAGAAGUUGCAGAGCAAUUCGAGUCCGAACUGGCGGCAGUGACGUUUGAUCGGGAUUCGUCCAUGACCAAGGUGUCUGUGCUAGAGUCCGCCGUCGCCAAGAAGGACGGCGACAUUGCCCAGCUGGAAGUGCUGCUCCAGCGGUUCAAAGACAAGGUGGCGACACUGAAAACAUCUCAAUCCAAGUUGAAAGCCGACAUCGACGCGGCCAACACCCACCUGGCGACGAUGGAGCAUGAUCACGAGACUACUGUGCAGGCUCUGGAAGCCACCGAAAUGGAGUUGGAAGGACAAUUGCAGACAAAAGAAUGGGAAAUUCAAGGUUUGCAGACUCAAGUGGUCGAGCUGACCGCGGCGUGGACAGCCACGAAAGAUACGAUGGCAGCGGACAAGCAACGAUUCGAAGCCAACCAACUGCACCUUGAAGGUCAAAUCCAAGCCAACGAGCUGAAGAUUCAAGACUUGCUGGCUCAACUGUCUGCGCUCACGGCCAAAUGGCAGGCCGUCGUCUCAACGAACGAGUCUUUGGCGAGUGAAAAGCAACGACUGACGACCACCCUCGAGCAAGCUGAAGGGCUCGUCCAGGCCAAGGACGCCCAAGUUCAAGCUCUCCAAACCCAACUCGACCAUGUGACAGCCCAGUUGAACGACGUUGCGAUGUCCAAGGACGUGCUGACCUCGGAAGCGCAAUUGCGGCAACAAGAGGACAUGUCGAAACUGGAAUCACUCGAGCGCGCCCUUGCCCAAUCGAAAGCCGACCUCGACGCCGCCGCAACCGAUAAGCACGACACGGUGGCCAGGUUGCAGCAGUUGUUGGACCGAUUCAAAGACAAAGUCGCACAGUUGACGGCGUCGGAAGUAUCCGUGACCAACCAAUUGGACGUCGUGUCGGCGGAGCUCAAGGCCAAGACGGGCGCGGCAAGUGAUUUGCAGCGCCAAGUAGACACGUUGGGCUCGGACUUGGAAGAUGCAUUGCACCAAGUGGACGUUCUGCGUCGAGAAAACGCGGCUUUUAGCGACGAAUCCGUGGCCUUAAGUGCUCAAAUCGUGUCCUUGACGGCGGCGCAAGUGCAAAGUCAAGAACAGGUGGCGGAGCUCACGUCCUCCGUGUCAGACAAGGUCAAUGAAUUGGCCAAGUUGCAGGCGCUGGUGGACCGGUUCAAGGAAAAAGUGGCGGCCCUGACCUCCUCGGAAGCCAAGCUGAUGUUGGAACUGACUCAACUUCACGACGACAAGCAGACGCUCGAGAUGACGUUGCCCGAGCAAAUGGAGAAGCUGGCGUCGUUAAGUCGAUCGCAUGGUGAGUUGGAGGUGGCCAAGAAGGUUGCCGACGACGCAAAUGAACAGCUCAAGGCAAAGCUGGCGGCUGUGGAACUCGAAAAGGCGACGGUGAGUGCCGAACGGGAAGUACUGGCGAGUCAGUUGGCCGCACAAGUUGCCACGUACAAGGACUUGGAAGCGUCCUUGGUACAAAAAGAAAACCAAAUAUCGACUCUUCAAGUGCUGUUGGACCGGUUCAAAGACAAAGUGGCAGCUUUGACCAAGUCUGAAACGUCGCUCGCCCAACAACUGACCGCCGUGCGCGACGAAAAGGACGAGUUGGAGAUGCACUUGUUGCCCGCAACUCAAGAAAAGGUGGCGUCGCUCAGCCGUUCCCACAGUGAAUUGGAGUCUUCGUCCAGCAGAAUCCACGCUGACAACCAGCGGUUGCAAGAGGCACUGGACACGCUCACUAGAGACCACGACGACCACAUCCGAGCAUGCAACGCCCGGGACGCGAGUAUGACCGCCGAGCGCCGUGGAUUGGUCGACCAAAUCACCGAACUCGAGUCGGAAAUGAACGACAACCACACGAAACGCAUGGAAUUACAGGCGAGCGUGAGCUACAAGGAAGACCAGGUGGCGAAAUUGCAAUUGCUGGUCCAGCGCUUCAAGGAAAAAGUGUCGGCGCUGACCAAGUCCGAGGACACGAUGACCAAGCAAGUGAUGCUGCUCGCGCAGGAGAAGACAGCGCUCGAGAUGUCCGUGCCCGACCACCAAGCCAAAAUUGCGUCGUUAAGUCGCGCCCAGGUCGAGCUGAACGAUGCGAUCCAAGCAUUGCAAACUCAAAACGCUCAAUUGACAUCCGACUUGGACGCGUUCAAGGCCCAGAAGGCGCAAUGGGUGGCCACGGAUGCUGCGUUUUCGGCCGACAAGGCCGCGUUGGACGCCAAGGUAGCUGACCUUGAGGCGCAGCUGGAAGCCAGUGCCGCGUCGCGCGAGCAGUUGGACGCCACAAAGGAAGCGCAAGACCAACUGACCCAUCGAUUGCAAGAGGAAUUGAAGACCCUCCAAGAUGAACUCAAGCGAACCAUCGAUGAAAGAGAUGCGUGGAGAAACCAAGUGCCAGAAAAGGACCACGAGCUGGCGUCACUGAGUCGGUCCCACAGUGACCUCGAGAGCAGCGCGCAGUCGCUUGGACGACAAAACGAUCGGUUGACCGCAGAAUUGGAGCGUCUCGUGUCAGAAUUGGACACUCGCACGGAAGAAUUGAACGACGAGGCAAGCCGUUGCUCGGAAGCCAAAGCGGCCGAGGUUCGAGUGGCGGAGCAACUGGUCGCGGCGCAGCAACAGUGGAACGUUCAAACAACGGCGUGGCAGGCCGAGUUGGUGGCCAAGGAGGAAGAAAUCUCGCAUUUGCAAGAGUUGUUCAACGACGAAGUGCGCACGUUAAAGGCCGACGAGGCGUUGGCCACCGACCGAUACGACGAAUUAGCCCAAGUCCACAUGGAAUUAUCUCGUGUCCACGACGAAUUAGCAGACAAGUGCAACAUGCUGGAACUGCAACUCGACAACGCCACCAAAGAGUUGGCCGAGUCUGACGCAACGUACAAACUCACGUGCGCGGAAUUGAACACCAAGCUGUUUACGCUGGAAGAAUUGCUUUCCAAGAAGGACGCCGUGGUGCUGGACCUGCACGCGUCCGUAACCACGCUGACGGCCAAUGUAGCGUCGUUGCAGCAGUUGAUCGACGAAAAGGUGGCGCUGAUCGGCCAGCUCGAACGUUUGCUAGCAACGAGGCCGACCACGGCCACAACUAGCGAACCCCUCAGCCUCCCCGACGAAUAUGCAUUGAUCCUGUCCGAGAACGAACAGCUGCGACUGGGCCAAGAAAACCUCAACACGAUCGUGGGCGUGCUCAAAGACCAGCUGACAGAUGCCCAGGAUGUCCCUGCUCAAGGGGCGCUGCCAUCGUCGGUCGCUUCGUUUGUCCAGGACGUGAGCCCCGUGUUGGGCUUGCAAGCGACCAUGUCGUCCGAUCGGGACUGGAGUCUCGAGGACCUCCAGUCCAGCCUGCAAAACGUGCAAGCGUCGAUUCAUGCUAUUUCUGCCAGUAAAUCAACCCGAAUGACGACGACGUUGGAUGACGAUGACGCGAUGAUGAAUGUGGGCGACUUGGACGGCAGCACCAACAGCAACGGCAGCAGUGGUACGUGGUUGAAAGCAAUCGAAGAAGCUAACGACCUCAACGACAAGGCGCAGAGUCUGAACCAGCAAGUACACCGGUCCCGAGACAUUGGAGGGGGCGAACAGCCAGUGGCCAUGGCGUCGCUGUUCCCCGACGGCGUUGGGAAGGACAUCAUGUCGGUGGUGCUGGAAAUUGUCGCGACGUUCGACGACAAAGACACUGACACAAGCGGACAUGAUGAGGGCGAUACUGCUCCCAACCAGAACAACAUUGCACGCACGCUUCGAUCGGCGUGGCAAUUCCGCCAGCGGCUGCUGCGCCAACUCGUAGCGGCCAUGCAUGAGGUGCACCCGCUGUCCCCGUCAUUGCCCCGCGAAGGCCAAGUGGACACGUGGCAACAGGACAUGGCACGCUCCGUGGUGGUGUCGGAAGCUCAACAUCAUGCGCUGAACCAUGCAUUCUUGACCAUGCACCACUUGCUGUACCCUGCCCAAGUCGCCAAUGCCAGCAUGGACCUCGCGAAGUGGGCCGACUACACGACGUCGGCCGAAUUCGCAGACAACCUCCGCCAGUACUCGACAAGAAUGGACGCCCUUGAACGCGACAGCGACGACGUCCGCGACGUGGUGUUGCCAUUUUUGGCUGGGUUUACUACUACCGACGACGAAAACGAAAACGACGUCCAAACCAACGAUGUCCAUCAAGCUGAGGCCACGUCUAAAAGAGGUCCAUUGGCCAAGGGUGUGCACCAGGUGCAAGAAGUUCUGGACCACAUGAGCGAAGCGCUGGCGACGAUGCACACUGCAUUAACGAAUGCGUCGACCGCCGAGAACUCGACGGCUUCGGCGAUUGGACUCCCUCAAAAUCCCGAAGGAUGGAUCCAGUACAUUCGAUCGCAGCCGUUUGCUGAACUGGUCCACACCCACCAAGCCUUGUCCAAGCAACUGUGCAAGGCCUUGCGUGUCCUCUGCGAUACCCACACCAAUGCAGUGUCUGUCCCCACGAGCUCUGCAACGCCGCCCCUCGCGACGUCCAACAAGAAUCCUUGCAGUACACCAAUUUUAAAGCAAGAAGUUGCGACGACGGCGACGUUGGAUGUUCCGUCCCGCGACGACGACAUUGCAGGUUGGGGCGAGUUUGUCUCGUCUCAGGCGUUUUUCAACUGGGUGGCGUCGCUGCAAGGCAGCACCCACGCGGCCUCCACGUCUGAAACACAGGCGCUGUGCGACGCGCUGCAAAACAUGCACGCGGUGCUGUGGCCGCGUGAGGCAAUGCAGCCAUCGAUGGACGCGUCAGAUUGGGCGGCGUACAUCCACUCGCAGCCGUUCGUCGACAUGCUACGACAAUGUGCAGGCCAAGGCCACCACAAAGCGAUCUGUGCGGCGCUGCAUAAGAUGCAUCUCGCAAUCGCCACCACAGCGGACGUGGCUCUGUCGACGCAGUCUAUGGAUUUGCCGCGAUGGACCGAGUACAUUGCGUCGGACAAGUUUGACUCGCACUUGCGCCAGUACACGACCCGGCUACAAGACAUUGAGCGCGAAUCGCAAGUGUUGUGCGACGAACUGGACGAAAUGCACCACCACCUGAUGGCCCCAAAUCGACCAGACGAUCUCGUGGAUGACGUUCCACAUGGUCGAAAGGACAUGGCGCAGUGGCACCAGUACAUUCAAACGCAAGAGUUUGCAGACACGAUGGCGCAGUACGCACAGCGCCAGGAAGCGCUCGAAGCAGACAGCCAUGACCUGCAUGCUAAAGUGGUGCCACUCUUGAUCAAACACGUGCCGACUUCGACGUCGACGAAUGUGGACGAUCUGGUGCGAGCCUUUGAAUCGACCCAGGCACCGUCGUCGGACGAGUGGACACGGCAGGACGCGGCCAUCACAACGUUGACCGAAACUGUGGCUCGAUUGAGGCAGUUGUGUGGUUUGGCAGCAACGACGAGCGGGUCUGGGCCACCAUCCCAAAUGAAAACAACGCCGACACUGUCGAUGCACACACAUAUCGAGCAAUUGGACGUGCUCGUCAACGACUUGACCGAAGUCGAGACCACACUGGCAACACUACCGUCUCCACCAUCCGACUUGACCCAAUUGGUGGCCAUGAUGCAGCGGCAGCAAGGAACUGCUGUAUUGUCGUCCAGUGCCGACGAGAACAGCGUAAGUCCUGACGACGCCCACGUGCUUCAAUUGCGCAACAUUCUUUCCCGCCUUCAGCAGUACCAAAAGAAGUGGACCGACUGGCGCCGCCACCAUCAGGACGGCACGGUCUCCGAAGACACGAUGAACGACGCAUCCAACGACGACGAGAUCGAAAAGCAAGCGGAAUUCCAUGUCAACGCGUCCGAGGUGUUGCAAGCGAUGGAGCUGGCCAACGAAUGCCAAAUCGCUGCGAUUCACGUGCUGGAGACGCACAAUCGGUCGUGUGUGGCCAAAACGCGCGUGGAGAUUGCGACCAAGUGCAGUGUACAGCGGGCGUUUUUGCGGUGGAAACACAAGUCGGCCAUGGAUUCUGUCAAGAAAAGCCACGCGGAUGAACUGAAGAGUCUCAAGGACAAGAUGAAGCCGCACGCCACCAGCUCGGACGAAAUCGAGAAACUCAAGGAGAUUCAAUUGCUUCAGUUGAUUCGAUUCCGAAAGCAGGCGCUGGCAGAGCAAGCCAAGGUCCGCGCCGACACGCGGGCGGCUACGACCGAGGAAAUGAUCGAGUUGUAUCGUCGACGAGAAGCCCAACAGCAAGGCCACUGCACUUGCCAAUGGCGCGACAAGAUACGCAACUCGCGUGAUGACGAAGAAUGGUGGAAGCAUCAAACCAACACCCACCAAGCGAACGCCAAGGAUGAAGACGAUGGCUGCAGUGUGGCGAGCGACGAAAGCAAGACCAGCGGUAGCCGACGCCAGCAGCAACUGUCGCGCUCGCAAUUGAGACAGCCAGGGUAUGAGCUGCGACGACAACAGCGACGGCGCGACAGCUUGAGUGGGCAGAGCAGCGUGGGGGCCCCGACGCCCGUGAAGAAGGUUGUGACUCACGAGCGAGUGGGCUUUGGGUCUGGCGUGAGCCGCCACUUCACACCGCCCCCACCGGCGCACAGCAAAUCGACGGACCCAUCGUCCACGUCGUGCCUGACCACCAUUGAGCAUUGGAAGCAGCAGAACGCCAAGAUCACAAAACACGUAGAAAGAACGAUGAAGCGUUAAUCAACAAUGGAAGAUUUUAUACAUGUAGUCACG